AUGUCAUCAACCUUGCGGCUUUGUCUACAAUCGUUUCCUAUUAAAAGAAUUUCCAGUAUGCGAUGGAGUUCUACCACUACUUCAGCCGGAUCACCACGUAGACUAACGACACACUAUACAAUUCAUCCGAGAGAUAAGGAUGAAAGAUGGAAAGAUAUUAACAUGGAACGUUAUGCAGAAGAAUACGAUGUAGCAAUUGUUGGUGCUGCAAUACAAUUAAAACAAUUAUCGAAAUCGAAGAAAAGAGAAGUUCGCGUAUGUGUUAUUGAAAAAGCGUCAACUAUCGGUGCUCAUAUUUUGUCCGGUGCUUGUAUUGAAACGCGAGCACUCGACGAGCUGAUACAUGAUUGGAAAAUAAAAGGCGCUCCAUUGAAUAAUCCCAUUGUAAAAGAUCAAUUUUAUUUUCUUACAGAAAACUCAGCAAUGUCCAUUCCGAUUCCAAAAGGUCUUCCUAUGUAUAACCAUGGCAAUCACAUCGUGAGCCUAGGUAAAUUAGUUACAUGGCUUGGCCAACAAGCAGAAUCGGUUGGUGUAGAAUUAUAUCCAGCGACAGCUGCCAGUGAAAUUUUAUUUCAUGAUGAUGGUAGUAUUAAAGGCCUUGGAACAAAUGAUGUUGGCAUUGCAAAAGAUGGUUCACCGAAAUGUUCAUUUGCACGUGGAAUGGAAUUACAUGCAAAAUGCACAAUAUUUGCCGAAGGAUGCCAUGGUCAUCUAACUAAACAACUUUGCAAACGAUUUAACUUAAGAAAAGAUUCGACACCGCAAACGUACGGCAUUGGAUUAAAAGAAAUAUGGGAAGUUGAUAAACGAAAACAUCAACCAGGACUUGUUGUGCAUACCGCUGGCUGGCCUUUGGACAUGAAUACAUAUGGUGGAUCUUUUAUGUAUCAUGCAUUAGACAACGAUCAACCAUUAGUGCACGUUGGAUAUGUUAUUGGCCUCAACUAUGAAAAUCCAUAUAUAAAUCCUUACCAAGAAUUUCAACGUUUUAAAACUCAUCCAAAAAUUCGAUCGAUAUUUGAAAAUGGAAAACGUGUUAGUUACGGUGCUCGUGCAUUAAAUGAAGGUGGUUUUCAGGCUAUUCCGAAACUAUCAUUUCCUGGUGGUUGUUUAAUCGGAUGUAGCGCAGGCUUUUUAAAUACGCCGAAAAUAAAAGGUGCUCAUACUGCUAUGAAAUCAGGAAUGAUUGCUGCAGAAAGUAUUUUUAAAUUACUAUCAAAACCAGCAAAGGAACACACGAGGAAAGGUCUAGAACCAAGUGACUACGAACUUCGAAUAAAAAAUAGUUGGCUUUGGGAAGAAUUAUACAAUGUACGCAACUUCCGUCCUUCAUUCGCUACACCAUUAGGCAUAUUCGGCGGUAUUAUUUACACAGCACUUUAUUUUUUUCCAUUUCGUGGCCGCGAACCAUUUACACUUCGAAAUCGAAAAUCUGAUCAUGCUACUUUGAAAAAAGCAAAAGAUUGUACGCCUAUACAAUAUCCAAAACCAGAUAAUAAAAUAUCGUUUGAUCUGCUAUCGAGUGUUGCAUUAACAAAUACAAAUCAUGAUCAUGACCAACCUUCACAUUUGACUUUAAAGAAUGAUAGUAUUCCAACAUCUAUUAAUCUACGUGUUUACGAUGGACCUGAACAACGUUAUUGUCCAGCCGGUGUUUAUGAAUUUGUAGAAAAUGAAUUUGGCGAACGGGAAUUACAAAUAAAUGCUCAGAAUUGUAUUCAUUGUAAAACCUGUGACAUCAAAGAUCCACAACAAAAUAUUAAUUGGGUAACACCGCAAGGUGGUGAAGGCCCGGCUUAUAACGGCAUGUGA